AUCUCCGCUGUUAACUCACAUAAACCGUAUUUAUUUACUUAUAGCAUGUAAAUUCUUUGCCAGAAACAACAAAAACAUGAUAAAAACAAAGGAAACGCGCAACAAAAUGAUUUGACAGUGUUUUUUUUAAGUAAUAUCAGAAAUUCGUAGCAAUGGAAGUAAAUAUUGGUACGGUUUUUAAUAUAAAGAGGUAGUGGUUCUGAUUGUUCAUUUAAAAUGCCGAAGAGGAUUCCGUUUCAUGUGGUUUAUGCUACAAGCGAGGACAGCUCGUACCCAGCAUGCGAGCUGAACGCGCAGGGCCCGGCGGCGCGCGGCUGGCGCAGCGAGGGCGGGCCCCCGCACGAGCUGCUGCUGCGGCUGGCGAGGGUCACCUCCGUGCACAAGCUGCAGCUGCUGGCUCAUCAUCAGCUCAUACCGGCAUGCGUGGAAGUGCUAGUCUCAGGCGGGCUGGUCUCCGAAGGUGCGGCCACUCCUUGCGGCGCCACCUACACCAGCGUCGGCAGGGUCACGCUCGCCCGACCAGCGCAGCAGGCCAGGACUAGAGAACUCAGAUCAGCUGCACUGCCAGAGCCAACAAUAGCCCGCUUCGUAAAACUCAAACUGUCUGGACCACACCCACCAGCAAAAGAAGAUGAUCAGGUAGCACUAAUGGCAGUAAACGUCCUGGGCGAAGAAGUGGAGGAAACAGAGAGUUCUCCCGUACAGCCUGUCAGCAAGGAGCCGGCCUACUCGCCGUAUGAUGACCUGGCCUUCAUCAUGUAUGUGGACAACGAUAUAGCUGAUCUGGUGAGGAGCUUGGAUGAGAAAAAGAAGGCUGCUGUUGGAGAGGAACGCUUCGAAUACGCUCGUCGCUUGAAGUCAGCGGGCGCAGCGCUCGCGUCCGCCGGUAUCCGUAUUGGUCGAUGGAGACUACGCAAACGCACGGCAGCGGCGAGGGACGACUUCGAGCUGGCGAGGAGGAUGAGGGACAGGAUCGCUGAUGCCCUGUGUGGGGUGAAGGAGGAUCCUCAGCUGUGUCGGUUGUUUGAAGAAGAUGGGCCGGACCGCCGCAACGACUCCUCAAUGCCUCAAGAGUACGACUUCUCCCAUUAUCUCUCGCCAUCAGUAGCAGCCGGGUCUCUCAGCCUGGACAUACCCUCGCCUGUGCCUCCUAUAGAGCCAGAACCUGAGCUGCAGGACCCGGAGUACGUUAAUGGAGAAGAGGAAGAUGUUCAGGAUAUGCAACCGUCACCAGAACCUACUUUACAAGAAGAAGUUCCACCUACACUCCCCGAGCCAGUGCAACCACAACCCGUCCAAUUGAUUCAAGAAGAGAAAGAAGUACAGAAGAAGAUAGAAGAAGAUGAACUGAGGAAAGAGACUGACAGUCCUAGAAGGAGUAUCACGCCCAAUGCUGCUAACGGCUCACUGGUACGACGUAGGAACAAGAGCGCAGGUCCAAGAUCCACUUUUGAAGCGUAUGAAGAGAGAUUGUUACCUGCAUUAAGGCAUUCCCACACGAACGAGUACCUGCGCGAGAGUCGCGAGGAGGAGUGCAGUGGCGGCAGCGCGGCGACAUCACACUCGCGCUCUACGCAGCCGCACAAGCUGAACGAGAGGGAGAGGAAGCAUGCUGCCUUGCCUAUACUGAUCUUUGGUUAUCCGCUGGUCGAAAAAUUCUACUCCAAAAAUUACUUAGACAAGGAAGAAGGCCUCUCCCGUCUCCGAGCAGAACUGACAUCACCAUCCAAUGGCAGUACCAAAACGUCUCCCAACAAGACAGCCAGGGCCGCCGCCAUCUUGUUGCAGAGGGCUCUGAGAGACAAGGUGUUCUCUGUCUACAGUCAAGCUAAUGAGGUCGUGAAGGUGCUGUUCAAGGAGUUCGUGCCGGACAGGGUGUGCGCGGCCGAGGUGGGUCGGUGCCUGGAGAAGUUGUUACCGGAGCUACUCCGUGCAUGCGGGGACCCGGCUCCCAGGGUGCACUCUACUGCACAGCAUACCGUGCUCACUGUUGCUGAUUGUCCUCAAGUUAGAGCCCUCCACCUGAUCCCGCAGCAGCUGGUGAGGCCGGUGGCAGCGUCCAUGCAUCCCCGACUGGCGCUAUCCCGCCUGCAGAUGCUGGAGCAGCUCAUACUUAGCCACGGCAUCUCCACUGAUAAGAACAGCGGCCUAACAGUCCGUCGUCUAGCAGAAUGCGGGGCUGCCGGUGCUCAACACGCCGCUGGCUCCGUCCGUGCUGCAGCAGAACGCAUACUCCUGGCUGCGUACGCCAGGUCUCCAAGAGUGGUGCGAGCUCAACUGCCUCCGGAUGACGCGGUGACUAGGAGGAAUCUGAUAUAUAGGCACCUGUUCCAGCAGUUUGAUAGGAUUGAUAUGCAGAAAAUGCUGAACCAAGCACCAACAGAAGAGCAACUCCUGAACGGUGCAGACCAGUCAAUGGCCGACUCCACCAUGGAAACUGCUAGCGUCACCCAAUCCACCAGGAGUGGUACCACCGUCAGUGGAAUGACAGCUUCUUUUGGCAUGACGUCAUCAAUCGGAGCCACGUCAUCAUACAGCCUGAAGUCCAUGACGUCAAGUGUGAGCGGUGCCACUCUAGCCCCUUCAAGUCUUAGUGGAAGCUAUACCACUUCGAAAACAAAGAGUAGUCUGAAGAAGUCACCAACUAAGAGGUAUACUCCGAGGAGUGUUACGAAGGACUUCUCAAAUUAUCCGGGUUAUAAUAAGCUGAGGUUGGACAGUGCUGUCAGCCCGAAGCACUCGCCUAGGUCAGCUGCUUCCAGUGGAAAUGAGAAGGUACACUUCCAAGAAGGUCACAGCCAAAGCCAGUCCCAGUCCGAACAAGUCGUCUACCGGCGCACGAACCGAAAUACCGAGAACCGCCACUCCAUGAUCCAUUACGACCACGAACCUUCGAAGCCACAACUCAAAGAAAGACCCGUAACAGUCUACGAGCCCCUGCAUUUGGAUUAUCGAGACUCCCCAACUUUAGGGUCUCCUAAAACUUCGAAAAAUGAUCUGCGAAGUAUGGACUCUUUACCUAUGGACUCCCCGCAGAUGUCCAGAAAUGAGUUAAGGUGUGAUUCGGACUGCAGAAGCCUGGACUCCCCCAAAGUGAAGGCUGAUUACUUCAGGGAAGGGGUUUUGGAGUCUCCCAAACUUGUGGCUGGGUUGAGGAAUCUUCAUCUUGAUGAGCAUAGCCAGAUGGAUGAGAGCGGCUAUUAUAGUCCAGGCAGAAGACAUCAGGUCACGAGCAGCGAACACCAUUACGAGCCAUAUGACGUUGGUAACGCAGAUGUAGCUGAAAAUAUUCCUGAUACUAUCAGCUUGCACACAACAUGCACGUGGUGCGGUCGGCGGGUCCGCGCGGACGCGCUGGAGGCGCAUUACUGGCGGCGCUGCGUGCUGCUGGCGCGCUGCCCGCACUGCCGCGUCGCGCUCGAAGCUAGGAUGUUGCACGCGCAUUUGUUAGAAGAAUGCACGAUGAGUGAGGGCAGCUGGAAGGCGUGUCACAAAUGCGGAGCAGCUCUUAGAACUGAUGACUCUGAUUAUCACGCCAACUGUAUACCUCUCGGCAUGGACGAGUGGAAGUGCCCCUACUGCUUCACCAACGUGCUGGCACGUGACCUACCCUGGCAGAGGCACCUAAUGCAGUGUCCUCGCAACCCCAGGACCACGCAGUCUUCAUAGUCAAGCCUUUCAAGUUCUGUUCUAUUUUGAGUUCUGGUUGGCAUUUGUUCGAGCCAAAGUUAAUGGCGGUUCGGAACUACGGCUGGUUGGCUGUGCAGAAAUAGGGUUCAGGGAUUGGCUGGUGGUUGAGAUGCGUUCGCGAAGUACUACGAGUACAUGCGUGCUCGGAAAUUAGUAGCGAGCCGCCAAUAAGUUUGGCGUGAACUAUAGUUAGAAGACUGGUUCUUGCUGGUAAGCUCCUUAAUGAAGGUUUAUUUGUUUCAUAAAUAAUACUUAUAAUAUUUAUAACUUUAGAUUUUGGAGUUCUGCAGUAACUUUUCCACAUGAUAUUCUUUACCUGUCGUGGAUUUUUCUACCAAUCAAUUUGAACUGGUUUAAAGGCAGUUUUGUUUAUACUGAAUAUUGCUUGUUACUCUUAAAGAGUUCAAGUUUGUAUAGCAUUUUAAGAAAUUAAUUUUCUGAUCUUCUUUACUAAUAUCUACUUUCGAAGAUAUGGAAAGAACAAAAAGAAAGUGGUUAUAUGAUUUAGUAUUUAUAAUUGAGAAGAACGGCUUUUGGUAAGCCAAUCACGGAAUAUACAAAAGUAAUGAACGAUUUGAACAAAUUCAACCCUAGUAAAACUAAAUAAUGCAUAUUUUAUAAAAGUUUUAUUAUGAAGCUUGCUAAAACUAAAAAUACCAAAAGUAUUACAAAAAUUAUUGGCUAAUAAAACCCGCUCAACAAUAGCAUUUUAUUUUUUGAUGAUUUUAAUAUGGAUGAAAUUGGCUCAACUCAUUAUCUAUUAAAAUUAACUUUUCGCUUGCUGAAAGAAAAUAAUGUUAAACUGAUCAUCGUAUAAGCACUUUCUUGGAUAAAUCACAUUUUCACUUAAUAUUAUCAAGAUCAUAAAAACAUUUAUUCGACUAUUCGAAUAAAAAUAACUUUUAAAAUUCUUAUCCAUUAUUUUAGAUUUAUAUUUCUACUGCUUAGCAGUACCUUUUACAUAGAUCUCAGACAAUUUAGAUAAAGUAGUUAGUAUUAUUAUUUAUUAAAAACAUGAUUUAUUUAGUCUUCUAUUGAGUUACCAAUUGUAUUUUUUAAAUUAUUUUUAAUAGUUUUUAAUACUCAAAAGUAAACUAAAGCUACAAAAAUAAUUAUCAGUAACAUUUAAACAUUAUAGUAUUUGGUUUAACUAUGUAGGUAGUACAGUCUGUCCGUCAAUUCACUUGAUCUAUCCACUAAUGUUAAGACUAAAGCACUGCUUCGUAGUCCAUUACUACCGUCCAAAGAUAUGAAUUCCGUCUUAGAUUGCUCAUUUAUUUCACUAUGGAACAGUUCCAGUCUUUGCUGAUUACAUGAUAUAUUCGUUAGUUUUAUGUACAAAUUCAAACACAAAAAAACAGCACCUUCCGAACGUCAAAAACUAAAGACAGCCUCCAAAACGCCCAUGCUCCACAACUUCUAAAUGCGUUUGUGCUGGAAGGAAGAAGUGCAGCAACAAACUCCACAGCAAGCUUUUGCUACUAUUAUAAUUCGUUUCGUCUACGCUGAAACGAUGCCUACUACUUAUCUACCGUAUUUUAAUAGUAGGUAGUUGGUGGACCUUAGAAGUAUGUAUAUCAAUCAAUCAUUUAUUUUAUUUCUCAUCAUCAAAGUACAAGAAUUUAAACAUAGAGACUGGUGUCUGAUGUAGGUAAUUAGUAUGUCAGAUUCAUUAUCCAACAAUUUGAUAUUUUUCGGGGUGUGUCUUUUAGCAUCAAAUAUAAAAAAUAGCUUUUGCUAAUCGUUAAAUGUAUUUUAUGUCUUUCAUCAGCAAUUUCGUAAUUUGCAAUAACUAAGAAAAAAAUACUCCAACUUUGUCUUUAACGUCUGUAUGUAAAGUAUUGGAACUGUUCCUAUCUAUAUUAUGUACACCGUUUUGAUGUGAUGUUUCGUCUCGUUUAAUGCAAUUUGCACCAGAUUAUGUUAGUCUUGUAUGGUAAUCGGGUUGGGGUUUUUGUCAUGGGUAUGUGCAGUAUAUUUUUUCAGCAUUUUAAAAAUAUAUACCUACUUCUCAUCUUGUGUUUUGCAAUACUAUGUAUAAAUCAAUAUGAUGUUUGUUUAACCUCUCUCAAAAUAGCUUUGCCUGUUCAUGUAAAACAAUUUUGUUAGUAAAUUGAGAGCUAUUUUGGAUAACUUAUUUUAUUUUAUUUUCUUAAGUGUCAUUAUCGUGGUUAAUAGAUAUACUAGAUCUAGAACCUCAUUCAUUACAAAGUAUUGCUUUUGAUAGUCGUUCGGUAAUUUGAUCUAGUACAAAGUGUAUCAUGUGGUCAAAUGGAUGAACAUAGAAAUUACUUUUACCUAAUUUCAUCAGUAGACUUAAGUUUAGUUAAGUAGCGUUAAUUGUAGUUAGCGUAGGAUAUACCUACAUACGUAAGGAAUUAGAUUAUUGUUUAAGGAUUUAUUCUUGAAUGCUCUACUAUUUCUUCUUUAUCUACGUUCUUCUGUAUCUUCCUUCUUGAAUCUAGAAUUAUUCUGACAAGAACCUAUCGCUUCUCUGGAAGUUAUUUCAAAUGUUCUGGGAAAAUGUAUAUGAAAUGCAUAUUUUUUGUGUCCAACCAUGAGAGACCUUGCUAAUAUUGCGUCCUUCAAAUCAAAUUAAAGUAAUAAAUAAAUUCCUAUAAAUUAUUAAUCAACUGAAUGCUGUACUGUCUGUCCUUUAUCUAUCUUUCUUCCUACUUCCAGUACAGAUGCCAGUAGGUCACUACCUCAAUCUGUCUGCAAUCGAUUUUCAACUUUAUCACAAUAGUGGAAGGUUAAUGUUCGAUUUGUAAGACAGAUUCGGGUAGGUUGACCUGUCAUCUGUACUUCUAUUUCCUCAGCUAAACCUAUUAGCCUAUCAAUAUCUGCGUUCCUAUUUCCUACGUUAGAAUUAAAACCUAGCUUAUAACUAGCUUUAGCUUCAAACCACAUCACCCACUGUGAUAAAGGAGCGAGGUAUAUUGAAAUUGGACUAAAUAAGUGUGGGUUCCCAGUCGUUGGUAUAGAUGUAAUUUUAAUUAUAAGAAGCCUUUGGCUGUGUUUUGGUUGAUAUUCAUACAUUGUUCUUGUGAAUUGUGUGGUUGGUUAAUCAUUAAUUUCGACCUUUCAAUAGUUUGUGUCAUGUUAAUAUUUCUUCUUCUGCCUGUCCUGUUCCUUGAGAACUUUGGGGUCGGCGCAAUAUGUUAUUUGCAUCCAUUUCCCUCUGUCAGACGUUAUCAUCAACAUCCAUUCCCUUCUUAUUCACGUCCUCAUUCACGCAGUGAAUCCAUCAUGUUCCUAUUUACUCUUUAAAUAUUCUUCUUCGGUUGUCUUUCUAGAUUCUCUGUAAAAAUAUUUUUACAAUUCUACUUAUAUAAUAUUAGCAAAGCAGCUAUAGUGUUAUAUUAUUAAUCACUUUACGUGAGCAGUUUGAAUGUGUGGUCCUAGCUAUCAUCCAUUGAGGCGUAAAUAUGUACCUUGCUAAAUGUUUCAAUGUAUGAGUAUCGAUCAAAACGUAUUACAAGUAAUGCGAUUAAUUUUAAGUAUCACCAUUCACACGAUUAUUUGCUGCUACAUCAUCGUUUUUCUAAUCUUGGUUUUUAACGCUCUAUUUGAUUUUGUAGUUACAACUUUGUCGUCUGAUACGACGCCCAAAACAUUAUCGGUCAAGUUAACAUUGCCUAACAUUUUAAUGACAGUGAUAAAGAAAGUUCGGUAUACAAUUGAAUUGUCGAAGUACAACUAUGCGUGUAACACUAUAUCAAAUGAAAUCCAAAAAUCCAUUAGGUUAGGCACCUGACAUUAUCCUUUUUCCAGAUUUAUAUAGAGGUAAUGGUUUACUAUUUUUUUUCGUUUUCUGAUGAUUUUAUGCAGUGUAGAUAAGCUAUUGACAUUCUAGUGGAAAUAAUGUGAUCGGAAGAAAUUCAUCGAUCACUUUUUAAUAAUUAAUUAAGAUUACUAACUUAGCACCUCUUGUGGAUACCUACUAAUUAUUUUCACUAGGAUGUCUAUUUAAUAAUUAAGCUAACAUUUAGGUAUUUAAAAUAACUGUUUAUUUACAUGUUUUAGUUACUUUACCAAAGUAUAAACUACAGGGAGAAUAAGUACCUUAUUAUGUUGUUCCUAUCUUUCAAGUUAUAUCAUGACUUUAUAUUUCUAUACAUCCAUUUGACUGACAAUGAUACUCUUUGGAAGCCAUUUUACUGAUACACCAAUAAAAACUAAUAAUAUUCAUAGACAAGUUACCAAUAAUCAACAGUUUUUUUAGUUGAUUUCUCUUUGCUGGUUCUUAAAUUUGUUUUUUUUUUUUUAUUCGGCAGUUCCUUAUUCGAAUGAUAAUUAUGCGAACUUCUUUUAUUCGAAGUAACAUUAUACAACAAAAAAGCUUCUAAAUAGGUAGGAUAUUAAAUCAAUUCUUAUGGUAGUAGACGAUACUCAAUCUUAUAACUAAGUAGAUGGAAUAGUAGAAAUUAUUGUAAAGGACUAAAUAGUUUUAUUUUCGUUAUUUUGUUUUCGUCCAAAGUGCCAUAUUUUAGCGGAAAUAGUACUGCUUUAAAAAUCUUACCUAUACCUACUGUAGUAGAAAAUACCUACAUACAAUAAAUUAUAUAGGUACCUAACUACCUACUCAUAACGUCCUAGGAAAAUGGUUUUUGCACAUUUCCAAUUAUUUAACCAUUGAUUAACUUUUAACCAGUAAUAAUUUAUUGAAAAACUUUACACAUACGUACAGUCAACUUCAGGU